AUGUCAAAGACUACGCCACUUCCGAUCAUUAUUUCCGGGACGGGGCCAGCCGCCCUCCUCCUUGCGCAUGCGCUCCUACGCGCUACACCGCCGCUGCCUUUUCGCCUAUACGAGCGCGAUCAGUCAAUGUCCUAUCGGACCCAAGGCUAUCGCUUCGUUGUCAGUGGCCGCGGUGUCAAGUCAUGCCGUGAGGUUCUCAGCCCGAAGCAUUUCGAUCUUCUGCGCGCAACUUGUGGUGAUAAUCAGCCCGUGGCCCCUAGACGCUUUGACGCACUCGCCGGCACCCUCCUGCCUGGGUUUGAUAUGAAGCAGUUCGAUCGCGACAUGCAGGAACAGCCGAUGAAAGCAGACCGCACGCUGAUGCGGCAGGCCCUGUUCAGAGGCCUGGAAGAUUUUACCACGUUCGGCAAGGAGAUUAUUGAAUAUGAAACCUUCAGCGCCGCUGGAGACACGAAUGGAGCCGAUGACAGCUCCGGCGUUUUGGUGCGCUUCUCGGAUAAAUCAACAGUCCGGGGCUCGCUCCUUGUCGGUGCGGACGGUGGCUUCUCACGAAUUCGCUCUCAGCUAGUACCUGAUGUUCAACUCCUCGACUGUGGAAUGCGAAUGGUCCUCGGCAAAACACCGCUCACCCCCGCCUUCUAUGAAGCUCUGGGUGCAUCGGAUGAGGACGACCCUCGUGCGGCUGAGCUUCUGGAAAGCAUAGCGUUUGUAGUCGAUCCCAUUCCCCGAACCUCACCCAUGUUUUUCAUGUUUGACCCAAUGCGCUUCGGUGGGCGUGCCAAGGUCGAAGCCAGCGACCCAGGCCUCGGAGCGUCGAUACCACUUGAUUACAUCUAUUGGGCGCUGAAUCUGCGCAGCGACGAGCCCGAGGCACAAUCCAGAGACUGGAAAUCUCUUGAUGGCUCCGCCGCCGCCGACCUGGCCGAGGACCUGACGAAAUCCUGGGCUCCAUCUCUGCGCACACUUGUGAAACACCAGGACCGCACACAGACCCAGUCCCUCCGCAGCUCCAUCAUUCCGAUUCCUUUGCGUGACUGGCGCAAUGCCGCGGGUACCAACGGUGUCGAAGGAUCCGAUGCCCCAAAGACCUCGCCAACUUUCAGUCCCAUGGUUACACUCAUCGGUGACGCUGCCCACGCCCAGCCGCCGACGGGCGGCAUGGGUGCCACCAACGCUUUAAUGGAUGCCGCGGUACUUGGUGCAGCGCUCGCCAAACAUGGGAUUACGCAGCGUGCACUUGAAGUGUAUGAAGCUGAGAUGCGUGAAUACGCUGGUGAGGCUCUUGCAGGGAGUCUGAAGCGUGGCAAAAUGCUCGUUAACAUGCAGGACAUGAAAGAGAUGCAGCCGAUGAGCCACUGA